AUGAGCCCCAGCCCGCAGUGGGACGUCCCCAGGGCACUGGGGGUGGCCAGGCUCUUCCAUCUGGUGUGCGGGGUCCGGGAUGCCUGUGUGACCCCGUUCCUGACCCUCUACCUGAGGCAACUGGGUGUGACCGCACCCUGGGUGGGCGUCCUCAUGGGAACCAAGCAUCUGGUCGCCGCCUGCUGGACUCCCUUCUGUGCCUUCCUGGCUAAACGAUACCACAAAAGGAGAAUGUUUCUGACUGGCUCGUUGCUGGGCUCCGCAGGAGCCAGCCUCCUGAUGGUCCUCAUCCCACCAGCGGACAGAAAUCCGGGCAAUUCCUUUUGUAAUGGAAGCAACAGAGUGAUCUCCACUGCCCUACCACUGCGAGUCACACGAACUGUGACCAUGACCUCCACCCAGGGAUCAGUCCCAAACCACUGGGCAGGAGUAUCCAGCCUCCCAGGCAGCAGACACACCAGAGCCCUGAACACGUCUGGCUUUCCAAACGGAUUUGGUAAAGAUCAAGAAGGAAUACUUGGCGGCCUGCAGGCCUAUUUAGUUGGCUCUGUUGCAGGAGCCAGGAUCACUACCCAAGCUCGCCAUCCUGUCACUUCUGGGUUGAGAGUUAAUUCCCAGGAAGGGACUUUUGAGGUGGGCAAUGCUACCCUGGGUCCACUUCCUGGAAGUACAACCGUUGGAAAUCCAGGCAACUUGUCAAAGGCCCAGCGGGAUGCCCAGGCCCUCAACCACUCCUCCAAAGGGCCGCAGUGGACCCUCAUCCUCUCCCUGGGGUUUGUGGUAUUUUGGGAACUGCUGACAGCCCCUCUGGCACAGGUGGCAGAUGACAGUCUUCACGAAUACCUGGAUUUUGUUGACGCCACUGACCGGAACAGAGACCUGUGGCUCUGGAGAUUAUUGGGUAUGUCAGCAGGUGUGUGUGGCAUCGCAGCCUUGGUGGGGCAUCUGGAAUGCUUCCUGGUGACCAACGGUCCUCGGGGCGUGAUUCAUUUCUACAGCUACGCACUACUCAGUACUCUGGCCUUAGCCGUGAGCUCAGCCUUUCCUGUCCCCAUCGACCAGAAACGGGGGCCCAGCUACAAAACCAUCAAAGCACUGUCCCUCCUAUGGGGUGACGCCCGCCUCAUCCUCCUAGCCUUCACUGUCCUUUGGAUAGGUGCCACUGCCAGUACGGUGCAGAACUUUCUGUUCUGGCACAUGAAGGACCAUGGCAGCAGCGAGCUGGUGAUGGGUUUCUCGGUGGCUCUCGGCUUACUAGGAGAAAUUCUGUUUCAUCCGUUCAGAACUUGGUUGCUUAGGAAACUGUCGCGGGUGGGUGUGCUGGGCCUGGGGCUGGGCUGCCUGGCCCUGCAGCUGCUCUACUACUCCUUCAUCUGGAGCUGGUGGUCUGUCCUACCUGUUCAGAUCCUGAGUGCCAUCAGCAGUGGGGCUCUGUGGUGGGCCGUGGGGGUCUCCAUAGAGGACCUGUCCACCUCUGGCAUGGAGAGGUCUCUAGGCACCGUGUUCCGAGGUCACUUCUAUGAGAGUGGUGGCAGCCUAGGCAGCUUUGUGGGGGGCUUCGUCGUCAUGCGCUUCGGCAUAGCCGUGCUCUACCAAGCCUGCUGUGUGGUCCUGUUGCUUUGGCUGGCCUUGUUCCUGUCCACCCAGUCCAGGCUGCCCCGAGAACAGAGGAUCAACUACUCGAAGCUGCUGGCCAUGGAGGGGAGUGACGCCAGCGACUCCGAGCAGGGGUCCGAACGGGACUGGCUUGUGAAGGCCAUGAGGGAGGAGCACGGGGACUGGAAGGGCUGA